AUGUCGGCCAUCCCCGAGGCGCUGGGCCGCCCACGGAGCAGCUCGUCCCGCAGCCUGGCGGGGACCCUGGAGGCCACCUUGGGCAUGGGGACGUUGGAGAUGAUGGAGAAGGAGGAGAUGCGCAUCCUCAAGGUCUGCUUCUACAGCAACAGCUUCAACAUGGGCAAGAACUUCAAGCUGGUCAAGUGCUCCGUCACGACAGAGAUCCGGGAGGUGAUCAGGUCCAUCCUGGUGAGCGGCCGCAUCGGGCCGGACAUCCAGCUGGCUGAGUGCUAUGGGCUGCGCCUGAAGCAUGUCAAGUCGGACGAGAUCCACUGGCUGCAUCCAGACCUGACGGUGGGCGAGGUGCAGGAGAAGUACGAGUGCCUGCACCUGGAGGCCGAGUGGAGGUAUGAUCUCCAGAUCCGUUAUCUGCCCGAGGAUUUCAUCGAGCGCUUCAAGGAGGACAAGACCACCUUGCUCUACUUCUAUCAGCAGCUCCGCAGCGAGUACAUGCAGAACUACGCCAGCAAGGUGAGCGAAGGCAUGGCCCUGCAGCUGGGCUGCCUGGAGCUCAGGAGGUUUUAUAAGGACAUGCCUCAAAACGCGCUGGAUAAGAAAUCCAAUUUCGAGUUCCUGGAGAAGGAGGUGGGCCUGGACCUCUUCUUCCCCAGCCAGAUGCAGGAGAACCUGAAGCCCAAGCAGUUCCGGAAGAUGAUCCAGCAGACCUUCCAGCAGUAUGCGCUGCUGCGGGAGGAGGAGUGCAUCCUCAAGUUUCUCCAUACCCUCGCCACCUUCGCCAACAUCGACCAGGAGAGCUACCGCUGUGAGCUCAUCCAAGGGUGGAACAUCACAGUGGACCUGGUCAUCGGACCCAAGGGCAUCCGGCAGAUGACGAGCAAGGAGGCCAAGCCCACGUGCUUGGCCGAAUUCAAGCACAUCAAGUCCAUCAAGUGCUCCAGUGUGGAGGAGGGCCGGGCUGUGCUGCAGCUGGGGCUCAACGGCACCCCCCAGUCUCUGGCCAUCAAGACAGCUUCUCUGGCCGAGGCGGAGAACAUGGCCGACCUCAUCGAUGGCUACUGCCGGCUGCAAGGGGACUUGGAAACCUCCCUCAUCAUCUUCCCCAGGAGAGAGCGGGAGAAGAGGAUCAGCCUCCCGCAGAUCCCGGCUCUGCACCUGGAGGAGCGGCAGUCCACGUUGUCGGACAGCGUGAGUGUGGACUCUGAUAUUUAUGCUGAAAUCCCUGACGAGUCUUCAAGACCAAGGUCUGGAGCCCAGCACUACGGGAUCUCCCGGGAGGACAUCACGUUGGGCAGGAUCCUCGGAGAAGGCUUCUUUGGAGAGGUCUACGAGGGGAUCUACACCACCCCGAAUGGGGAGCAGGUGAACGUGGCGGUGAAGACCUGCAAGAAAGACUGCAGCCCCGAGAACAAGGACAAGUUCCUGAGUGAAGCAGUGCUGAUGAAGAAGCUGGACCACCCCCACAUUGUGAAGCUCAUUGGCAUCGCAGAAGAGGAGCCCACCUGGAUCAUCAUGGAGCUCUAUCCCUAUGGAGAGCUGGGGCAAUACCUGGAGCAGAACAAGCUCUGCCUCGCCGUGCCCACGCUCAUCCUCUACGCCCUGCAGAUCAGCAAAGCCCUGGCCUACCUGGAGGCCAUCAACUGUGUGCACAGGGAUAUUGCAGUCAGGAACAUCCUGGUGGCCAACCCGGAGUGCGUGAAGUUGGGCGACUUCGGGCUCUCCAGGUACAUCGAGGACGAGGAGUACUAUAAAGCAUCCAUCACCCGUCUCCCCAUCAAGUGGAUGUCGCCCGAGUCCAUCAACUUCCGACGCUUCACGACAGCCAGCGAUGUCUGGAUGUUCGCCGUCUGCAUGUGGGAGAUCCUGAGCUAUGGCAAGCAGCCCUUCUUCUGGCUGGAGAACAAGGACGUGAUCGGGGUGCUGGAGCGGGGCGACCGCCUGCCCAAGCCCGAGCUCUGCCCACCCGUCCUCUACACCCUCAUGACGCGCUGCUGGGACUAUGACCCCAGUGAGAGGCCCAAGUUCAAGGACUUGGUUUGCAGCUUGAGUGACAUUUACCUGAUGGAGAAGGACCUGGCCAAAGAGAAGGAGAGGAACAACCGCCACCGGCCUCCCAGAAUCAUGGAGCCACCGUCCUUCCAGGACCCACCUCCGAAGCCCAGCAGACCCAGGUACAAGCCACCACCCCAGAGUAACCUCCUGGCUCCCAAGCUGCAGUUCCAGGUACCCGAGGGUCUGUGUGCCAGCUCGCCCACGCUCACCAGCCCCAUCGAGUACCAGUCUCCGGCCAACUCCCUGCACACCCCACCGCUCAACCGCCACAACGUCUUCAAGCGUCACAGCAUGAGGGAGGAAGAUUUCCUCCGUCCCAGCAGCAAGGAGGAGGCGCAGAAGCUGUGGGAGAUGGAGAGGCUGAAGAUGCAGCAGGUCCUGGACAAGCAGCAGAAGCAGAUGGUGGAGGACUACCAGUGGCUGCGGCAGGAGGAGAAGUCCCUG